CCUUGGUGACUUCACCCAACUUUUUUUAGGGUUUCAUUUUGUCCCUUUCGCUAUUCUAAUUCCUCCCUCAUCUUCCGACUAUUUAACCCUUUUUCACCAUUCCCUCCUUUCCUCAACCCCCCGUCUAAUCACUUCAACACCAUGACCUUACAAAAACAAAGCAAUUGUUAGAACCAUGGUUGCUCAACUGAAGAACUUCGAUGCUGCGCUACAAGAAUUGGAGGAGAAGAAGAAGAACGAAGUCGACCCUAGCUCGAGCAUCGGUUCGUGGAUGUGGAACCCUAGUGCCGCCCAGGAGGAUGAUGACUCGUGGGAGGUGAGAGCCUUCGCCGAAGACACUAGCAACAUUAUGGGCGCAACCUGGCCGCCGAGGUCCUACACUUGCUCUUUCUGUAGAAGGGAGUUCCGGUCCGCCCAAGCCCUCGGCGGCCACAUGAAUGUCCACCGCAGAGACCGUGCUAAGCUUCACCAAUCACAAUUCCGGCCGCUGGCGAACCAAAAUUCUCCUUUCGCUUCUUGCUCUUCCCCGUCCUCCUCGACUCUGAUAUUCCCGAAUCAAGAAUUCGGGUACCCAGGUGGGGGAUUAUGUUUUCUUUACCAGCUGCCUCAUCCUACUGGCAUCUUCGACCCGGUAAAGGCGAAUGCCGCGUGCCUCGAAUCUACCCCCGCCGUUCUAUCUAUCUCGCCUUAUCCGCCUUCUCCUUCGGUUAAUUUUCCGAUGCAGUCGCAAGGUAAUAAUUCUUCUCACCACUACUCGUCAAGCGAAGCCCAUAGUUCGGCAGUCGUGGGCAGUUACAAUUGCCGUAAUACUAGUAGCAAGUGCGAGGAUCCAGAAAACGAAGAAGAGCUGGAUCUCGAGCUGCGGCUCGGGCACAAAUGAAUGCUCAUCUCGAAAUAAUUUUUGAUUUUUUUUUUUUUUGGGAGUUUGUCCAUCUUCAAUUUGAGCAAAGAGGGUACUAGAGAAGUUGUAAGCGAUAAGAGUCCUAGUAACUCUCAGAGACUUAUGUGAGUUUUUUUCCCCUUCCUUUUAAUUUAUUGAUUUUAUCAUUUGAUUUCCCCAGUAAUAAUUGUUGAUGUGUUCAACUUGAAAGCA